CACACACACACACACACACACACACACACAACACCCUCACACACACACACACACUCGGACAGGUGGAUGGAGGACUACACCCUCCCGUUCUGGGUCUACCUGCUGGUCGUCACGGUGCUGGUGGGCGGGGCUCUGAAGAAGGUGCUGGCGUCUCACCUGCUGGCCCCCCCCCUGCUGCUGGGAGCCUCUGUGCUGGGGGGGGCUCCGCUGCUUCUGAUGGUUCUGCUGGUUCUGCUGGUUCUGAUGGUUCUGCUGUACUGCAGGAGCCACCCCCUCGCUGACCUGCCCUCCCACGGGAAGGCCGUGCUCAUCACAGGAUGUGACUCUGGGUUCGGGCAGGCCACAGCGAGGCAUCUGGACUCUCUGGGGUUCCAGGUGUUCGCCACAGUUCUGGAUCUGAACUCUUCUGGAGCCAAAGAUCUUCAGAGGAGCUGUUCCAGCCUGCUGACCCUGCUGAGGGUCGACAUCACGCAGCAGAGCCACGUCCAGCAAGCCCUGGCCAAGGUCCAGAGCCUGCUGGGGCCCCGGGGUCUGUGGGCUCUGGUGAAUAACGCAGGAGUGUGUGUGAACUUCGGAGACGCUGAACUCUCUCUGAUGUCAAACUUCCGCGGCUGCAUGGAGGUGAACUUCUUCGGGACGCUGAGCGUCACAAAGAGCUUCCUGCCUCUGCUGCGCCUCUCCAGGGGGAGGAUCGUGAACAUCUCCAGCCCUGCAGGUGACCAGCCGUUCCCCUGCCUCGCUGCGUACGGAGCCUCUAAAGCAGCUCUGAACCUGCUGACCUCCACCCUGAGACACGAGCUGGAGCCCUGGGGGGUCCAGGUGUGCACCGUGCUGCCCUCCUCCUUCAGGACAGGGCAGUCCAGUAACUCUGAGUACUGGGAGCAGCAGCACCAGCGCCUCCUGCAGGAUCUCCCCCCCGCGCUGCUGCAGGAUUACGGAGAGGAUUACGUGACGGAGACGAAGGAUCUUUUUAAAUCUCAUGCCUCCCGAGCGGACCCUGACCUCCGCCCAGUGAUCGAGACCAUCGUCCGCGCGCUGCUCGCCCCCCGGCCGAGACCACGCUACUUCGCUGGGCCAGGAAUCGGCCUCAUGUACUUCAUCAGCAGCUAUCUUCCAGACAACCUGAGCAGCCGCUUCCUGCAGAAAGUCUUUGUGAAGAAAACGCUGCUUCCACGCGCUCUGAGGAAGGAGAGCGGCAUCCACCUGAGGAUCAACAACAACAACAACAACGAAGAGGAGGAGAAGGGGGAGAAGGAGGAGGAGAAGCUGAAGUAGAGAUCUUCGUGUUUCAUUCCGACAAACAACUUCCUGUGCCACCACAGCAGCGUCUUCAUCACACGUCAACCAGCAGAUACAGAAACAUCAGCGCUGAGAUCAAAAUAAAUACAACACUGAUUCAAGAUCUGAAGAAGAUGACGAGACAUUCAGCAUUAGCCGUUAGCAUGUUCGGGACCAUCGAUUUAAACAAAUAAUAUGGAGUUAAAUCAAUUAAUCAAUUGAAACUUUAUUCAGGAUUCAAUUGGGUUUAAGCCAGGAUUUAAUCAAGUUUAAUUCAGGAUGAAAUUGAGAAUAAAUCAGGAUGAGAUCAAGAUGAAAUCAGGAUGAAAUCAGGAUGAAAUCAGGAUGAGAUCAAGAUUAAACAGGGUGGAAAUCAGGAUGAGAUCAGGGUUGAAUCAGUUUUAAAUCAGGUGGAAAUCAGGGUUGAAUCAGUUUUAAAUCAAGAUGAAAUUAAUAAUGAAUCAGUAUUAAACAGGAUGGAAUCUGACUCGAAGCGCUGGACUGACGGAAAGGAAACAGAAUCCUUUAAAAUCAAAAGUUACAGUUUAGAUGUUUCUCUCACAGAACCAAAAUAAUCUAAUUUAUAUUUGAUUUCAGCUUAUCUUACUUCCUGUUAACCUUCACAAUAAAAGCACAAGUGUAGAGGACUUUGAAGCACAACGAGUUUAGGUUUUAUUCACCAGACGUCUUUCAUCACAAACACACGAGAGGUUUUAUGUAGCUUUGCAUCGUCUGCGAAUGAUUAUCAAUAAUAAAACGUCCAAUAAAACUGAAAACGCUGCUACGUUUUGAACACAACAAAUGUUUUACUGAACCCGUCAUUCCUCAGAAACAGCCUCGCUAAUGAGCAGCUUUUCAAAAUAAGACCCGGAGAACCCCCGCCCCCCAGCACUGACUCUGUUUUUAUGAUUUAAUAUAUGAACAUAAAGAGUUAUUUUUCUAGCUGUAACUUUAUUUAUUGUGGAGUCAUAAAUACACACAGUGUGAGAAAAUGAAUCUUUUUUAAUAUGUUCCUGAGGUCUGUGGAAACCUCCUCCUUCAUCAUCAUCAUCAUCAUCAUUAUUAUUAUUGUUGUUAUUAUUAUUAUUGGAAAUAUUAUUAUUUUAUAUUCUGCCCACUUUUCUGUUUUUGAACCAAAUUAUUUAUGGCGUCUUUUCUUUUAUCAUCACUUUAACUGUGAAUUUUGUAUUAAAGCAUGUAAAAAAAACACACAAAUAUGAUGUAAAAUGUUCCCAUGGUUUAUUCUUUGAGAGAAAUAAAGUCAACUUU